AUGCUGUUGUAAAAAAAUGAACCAAAAACUAUUAACGGCAAAAGGCAAGAAAAAAAAAAACAGUUUGCCCUCUGAGCUUGUGCCUGAAAGGCAGCUCAUCCGUUUCAUCUCGCCUCGGACAUUUGGCUUGUUCUCUCCGCCGCGCUAAAUUAUUCGCUCCUCUCUUUGUUAGUUGCACCAAUAACAAGAAAAUGUUUCAAAAGAGUGUGAUUGGGUGACGUCACAUGGACCCAGCUGACAUUGUUAGCCCUACCUCCUCUGACCAGGACUUUACUCCUCUAAUCCACUCUAUACUCAGCGCUAAUGCUAUCAACACUAAUUCUAGCCAGAAGAGGAAACACGGCACCCCCCGAUUCUCAUGCAUACAAGCUGAAAGAAAGGAAUCCAAGUCGGUCAGAGACGGAUUCUUCCCUAAGUGAUUACCGUUGGCUGAUUUUUUUUUUCUCCAUUUCUUCAUAUUUUUUUUUUUGUUCACUUGAAGAGCGCGGAUUCGGUUGGAAAGGGAACUGAGCGCUGCCUGUUAACACUGUCCUGGGUCGUGAAGCUGAAGCUGCGUCUGGCAUUUGGCCACCUGCACAUGGAGCUGGUGUUGUACACCUCACCUUCCGAUCAAAAUGAGGUGGUGGAUGUUUAAUCAAGCAACCCAGUCUUACUUCUGGUAGAGACACGAAUCUGACUCAUCAAAGUCGAAUCUUUUUUUUGUGUGUGUGUGUGUAAUGACAGGACGAAACGGAACCGUCUGCGUUCUUCUCAAGUGGAAGAUUCUAACCUCGAAGUCUGACGUCCCAGCAAAUCAGAAUGGGGUUUAUUUCCUUUGUCUUUUUGUCUACAGACUGGGGUAGAAUGAUCUGUUUCUCCAAAAUGUAAGGACGUUGCUUUCUCGAGAGAGGCUGGUUCAUGCUUUUAAAAUAAGUGCUCUCGAAAUAGCUGCAAACUGGGAAAUCCAUAAAAUGCGAAGAGUUUUUUGUUAUCCGUUUAGAAGACGGCAGCGCUUUUGUGCGCCCUUACACGGAAUAUUCAUAAAAGCAUCCUGUUGAAAUUAACGAAGCUGACUCAUAUAACCUUUAUUCUGAUAUGCAAUGAACUUGAACUUUUCGUGGACUAAUUUUAUAUUCAGUUCGUAUUCAAAGUUAAUCUUGAAUGUGUUUUGUGUGAUACAUGUAUUACCUUGGGUAAGAUAUGUUCUUUGAAGUUUCGUGGCCGUAUCUUAUAUCUUAAAUCUGCUUUUAAGGAUUACAGACUCGGCACAUGGUUACUGGACUUGAACAACCUGGCUUUGUAAUCGAUACUAAGCGAGAUAUUUCUGUCUUUAUCAUGGGACACAUGGGUGUGUCUCGAAAAAAAAAUACUUUGCACCUUGCCAAAACUCCAAGCUAAAUAUUUUGAAAGCAAUGCUCUUCAGAUUUACAACCUCAGAUGCCCGUUUUAUGAAAGUCCGUGAGCCACGUACGCCAGGAUCUACUUGUCCCAGGUUUCGGAAUGGGAAGUAAAAAGCUUCACACGCCUAUUCGUUUGUUUUGUUGACGUGUAAAACAGAAAAUAACGGAGGCCACUGCAAACAAUGGAAUUAUCUGAAGUCAGGUGUUCCAGUGCAAGCGACGAACUCUACACCAUUAACAAAACCCCAACCAGCAACAGCAACACCAGACCGAAAAGACUCCUCUGGCAAAAUGCUGUGAGACACAUCACCGAGCAACGUUUCAUACACGAGCAAAGUAGCGCAAAAACUAUCGGUUCGGAUGAGUCUUACAGCCAAAGCAUUCGAAAACAAUCGACAAGCAAGACAGCAGCAGGCGACAGGCACAAUAAUGGCGGGACCAAAGUGUUCCCCGAGAGGGCUAGCAGUGAUUUGGGAUUCCUCCAGAUAGACUGUGCCCCGAGCAAUUCUGAUUUCUUCCUUAACUGGGGAUACACGUACAGAGGCGUCAUCUUUCCAACUUUGAGAAACUCUUUCAAAUCAAGGGACCUUGAGCGUCUCUACCAACGUUACUUUUUGGGGCAGAGGCGCAAGUCCGUGGUGGUGAUGAACAUUUUGGACGUUUUAACAAAGUUAACCCUUUUGGUUCUGCACUUGACGUUGGCCACUGCACCAAUGGACCCUAUAAAAGGCAUACUUCUGGGCUUCUUUACUGGCAUUGAGGUGGUGAUCUGUGCCUUAGUAGUGGUUAGGAAAGAUACAACUUCCCACAGCUAUUUGCAAUACAGCGGCGUGGUGACUUGGGUAGCAAUGGCCACUCAGAUUCUGGCGGCGGGGCUAGGUUACGGACUGCUCGGAGAUGGUAUCGGCUACGUACUCUUCACCCUGUUUGCGACAUACAGUAUGCUUCCAUUGCCACUGACGUGGGCUAUUCUAGCUGGAUUUGUCACAUCAGCUCUUCAUAUUGUGGUGCAACUGGUUAUCCCCAAAAAUGCACAAAUAUCAACAAAUCAGCUGGUGGCCCAGGCAGUGUUGUUCAUGUGUAUGAACACAGCAGGAAUGUUCAUCAGUUACCUGUCUGACAGAGCACAGCGGCAAGCCUUUCUAGAGACCAGGAGAUGUAUAGAAGCCAGGCUGAGAUUGGAGACAGAAAACCAGAGACAGGAACGAUUGGUUCUGUCUGUUUUACCUCGAUUUGUAGUGCUCGAAAUGAUAAAUGACAUGACUAAUGUAGAAGAUGAGCACCUGCAGCACCAGUUUCACAAAAUUUACAUUCACCGCUAUGAGAAUGUCAGCAUUCUUUUUGCAGACGUGAAAGGCUUCACCAACCUGUCUACGACCUUGUCAGCACAAGAAUUGGUCAGGAUGUUAAAUGAAUUGUUUGCAAGAUUUGAUCGACUUGCACACGAACACCACUGCUUAAGAAUAAAGAUCCUUGGUGAUUGCUAUUACUGCGUUUCUGGGUUACCGGAACCUCGGCAGGACCAUGCCCACUGCUGUGUGGAAAUGGGACUGAGCAUGAUCAAAACUAUCAGAUAUGUGAGGUCUCGCACAAAGCAUGACAUUGAUAUGAGGAUUGGGAUCCACUCGGGUUCCGUGCUGUGUGGAGUCCUAGGGCUUCGCAAGUGGCAGUUUGACGUUUGGUCCUGGGAUGUAGACAUUGCAAACAAGCUUGAGUCUGGAGGUAUUCCAGGGAGAAUCCAUAUUUCGAAGGCUGCUUUGGAUUGUCUGAAUGGUGAUUAUGAAGUGGAGGAAGGCCAUGGAAAAGAAAGGAAUGAAUUUCUACGGAAGCAUAAUAUUGAAACCUAUCUCAUUAAGCAGCCUGAUGAGAGUCUGCUCACCUUGCCAGAAGACAUAAUGAAGGAGUCCAUUAGCUCUGCAGAUCGGAGAAACAGCAGCACUACUUUCACUGAAGGGUCAUGGAGUCCUGAGCUUCCAUUCGAUAAUAUUGUGGGAAAGCAGAAUACUCUGGCUGCCCUUACGAGAAAUUCAAUAAAUCUGCUUCCAAACCAUCUUGCACAAGCUUUGCAUGUCCAGUCUGGUCCUGAGGAAAUUAACAAGCGAAUAGAGCACGCCAUCGACUUACGGAGUGGCGAUAAAUUGAGAAGAGAGCAUAUCAAGCCUUUCUCACUGAUGUUUAAAGACUCCAGCCUGGAAGAGAAGUACUCUCAGAUGAGGGAUGAAGUGUUCAAGUCCAACCUGGUGUGUGCUUUUAUAGUUCUCAUAUUCAUCACGGCUAUCCAGAGUUUACUGCCUUCAUCCAGGAUGGUGACCAUGGUGAUACAGUUUUCUAUUCUCAUCAUGCUGCAUUCUGCCCUCGUCCUUAUAACCACUGCAGAGGAUUAUAAAUGUCUGCCGCUGGUGCUUCGUAAAGCCUGCUGCUGGAUUAACGAGACAUAUUUGGCCAGGAAUGUCAUAAUCUUUGCCUCAAUUCUUAUAAACUUCCUUGCAGCCAUGAUAAAUAUUCUGUGGUGUGAUUUUGACAAGUCAAGCACCUUCAGAAAUCAGACAUUCAAUGCAUCUGCCUCAAUACCAGAUAUCUGCUUCUACCCAGAGUAUUUUGUCUUCACCGGCGUGCUGGCAAUGGUGACGUGCGCGGUUUUUCUGCGCCUCAACUCGGUCCUGAAGCUGGCGGUGCUGCUCAUUAUGAUCGCCAUUUACUCGCUGCUCACAGAGGCCAUUUACACCUCACUGUUUGUGCGCUACGACAGUGUCCACCACAAUGGCGACAAGGACUUCCUGGGGACCAAGGAGACCUCACUUCUCCUGAUGGCGAUGUUUCUACUAGCUGUAUUCUACCAUGGGCAACAACUAGAGUACACAGCCCGGCUAGACUUCCUGUGGCGCGUCCAGGCUAAAGAGGAAAUCAACGAGAUGAAGGAGCUCAGAGAACAUAAUGAGAACAUGCUCCGGAAUAUUCUGCCAAGUCAUGUUGCCCGACACUUUCUGGAGAAAGAUCGAGAUAAUGAGGAGCUAUACUCGCAGUCUUACGAUGCUGUGGGCGUGAUGUUCGCCUCAAUUCCUGGGUUCGCGGACUUCUAUUCUCAGACUGAAAUGAACAACCAGGGAGUGGAGUGUCUGCGUCUCCUAAAUGAAAUAAUUGCCGACUUCGACGAGUUGCUUGGAGAAGAACGAUUUCAAGACAUUGAGAAGAUAAAAACUAUUGGGAGUACCUAUAUGGCUGUAUCAGGCUUAUCGCCUGAAAAACAGCAAUGUGAAGACAAAUGGGGCCAUCUGUGUGCACUGGCAGACUUUACUAUUGCCCUUAAUGAGAGCAUCCAAGAGAUCAACAAGCAUUCUUUUAACAACUUUGAACUGAGAAUCGGUAUUGCCCAUGGAUCUGUAGUCGCUGGAGUUAUAGGUGCUAAAAAGCCCCAGUAUGACAUCUGGGGCAAGACAGUCAACUUGGCAAGUCGAAUGGACAGCACUGGCAUCAGUGGCAAAAUCCAAGUGCCUGAGGAAACGUACCUUAUCCUGAAAGAGCGUGGCUUCGCCUUCGAGUACCGUGGAGAGAUAUACGUCAAAGGGAUAAGCGAACAAGAAGGCAAGAUCAAGACCUACUUCCUUCUGGGAAGAGUUCAGCCAAACCCUCUCAUCCUGCAGCCCAGGAAGCUUACUGGCCAAUACUCUCUGGCUGCAGUGGUCCUCGGACUUGUACAGUCUCUUAACAGGCAGAAGCAGAAGCAAAUCCUGAAUGAGAACAACAAUUCCGGCAUCAUGAAGGGACACUACAACAGAAGGACUUUACUUACUUCUGGAGGACCUGAAACAGUUACCCAAGUCGAAGCUGUUGACAAACCUGAAUUGCCAUAAAUGUUUAAUUUUUUCGUGUCAAUGUUUUUUUUUUAUUUUGUUUUAUAUAAAAACAACAAAACAUAAAUAAAGGCAUUUAAUUUUUUUAUAACUGGUUUUUGGCCUUACCUGGUUCGGAUAUUUGCCAUGACCAGUUACAUAUAAGUUUCCAUUCCCUUUUAAAAAAAAAUAUUUUGUUGCUUUUUUAUAUUUCGACUUUUUGUUUACAAUUUCAUGACCAAGUACAUAAGCAUUUGCAUUCCCAGAAGCCUCCCGGAUCUCCCGUCUCUCUCCCCCAACCUUCAUUGCGUCCUCUCUUCCACAAGAGUCGUAAAUGCAGAUGACAGAGAUGGCAGCUUCAGUAAGAACAGCAUAGCUACUGUAUAAGAAGACUGCAAAGUAGUCUUAAGGGUCACUGUCAGAGACAUGGUGUAAGAGCAAAUUUGCAUGGUUUUCUCCCUUUUCUAUUCCUUUCAGAUAAUUGCUUUCACAUGGUUAUUCCUGGCUGAGACAAGUUCUGAUUUCAGAAACAGUGUUGGUUUGCCAUUGGAGUAAUGAAAGGAAACAAGUCAGCAUUAGAUGAUUGAUUUGUAUUGCUGCUAAAAAUAAAGUUAUACCUUCCAUUAGUAAACAGGAUGUGUGAUAGCAGAGUUGUAGCUGAACCAACAGAGUGCCGAUUCUAAUGGAAGGCUUAUUCCAUUAAACAUCUCUGAUGAUGUGGAGGCUCCCUCAUACCAAAAAUAAUAAAUAUCUAGGUGGUCAGAAAAUAUACUGUAUAUGGAGAUAUGGUUUACUUAUGAAGGAAGACGCCAUCAUCUAUCAGCCUGUUCCAACAGCUUGAUGAGAUUAUCUAAACUUAGGCAGACCAUUGUGAAGAUUUUCCAAAAAUGUUGUUCACUCAUUUUUUGGUUUUGAAACUUUCCUCAGUUGUGGAGAAAGACUCAUCUCUCAGGAAGUCCUAUUUUCUACUCUGAAAGUGACACACUUGUCGUAAAUGAACAUGCAAAAUGGUAAUUCUAUUUCAGUAUAAACCUAAGUAUGGACAUGCUUUAAACUACGAUUUCCUCAUCCUAUAUAUACUGGUUGUAUGCAAUGUUGGUGUUACUUGAAACUUUAUACAUUCAAUGUAAGUUAAUUUAUUAAGAAUUCUUGGAAUAUUGACUUAUAUGUACUAUAAAGAGCUGCCACAGUAAUGGUCUUUGGCAUCUCCUUCAAAAUUAAGACUUAUUUAAAACAACUUAUGGAUGUUUUUAGAAAGGGUUAUACAAUCAAGCCAGACAAAACCCAGUUCCAAUAUUAAAACCAUACUGAAAACAUUAACCUAACAGUUGAGUUGAAACUCUGUAUGAAAAAUAAUUGAUCCAGUCUGUCCUGUGGAGGAACAGUGUAAACAUCAAUAAGAUAAAACAUUUUUUUGCAUACAAUGAUGCCAUGGACCACAAUUCACAUACUGUACUAUCUCAAAUAGUUAAAAAAAAACUAUUUAAAUGACAAUCAACAAAAUGAAAAAUGAACCAAUGAAAUAAUAAGCUACAUCAAGGUCACAUUACACAAUUCUAUUUUUGCUACAAUGUCAAACACCCUAUCAUUUCCAUGCUUGAUGUACUUUUUCCCUAGGACUGCUCACACACACACACCUUCUGCUGUUAAGAAAAUAAUACAUUUGAAGCAGAAAAAAGUGAUCAUUUCGUACCUUGCAGCAGCACCAUUAGGAAAAGAUCAAGUAUUUUUAUCAUUCUUGUGGAAAACAUAUUUUCUUCUCAGAGGAACCCAUGAAAAUUAUAUUUUGUCUUGAUUUGUAUCUUGAGGUACCGAUUGUCUCCAUAUCUUACUCACUGAGCCAAAUAAGUAUUAUAAAGCUCAGUCAAAAGUACACCUUUGUGUGCUUCUCAGAUUACACUGUCAAGACUAGGUUGCAUUUGCCUCAAUCAUCCAUUUUUUCGCCACUUUUUAUACAAUCCAACAAGAUCACUGGCUUCUCAAACACCACUGUGCAUCGCAAUCAUAUGAGAAAUCUACUCCCUCUUUGCUAGCUCAUGCACAUUGAAUCACUGUUGCAAAACCACCUUGAAAAAAGUGCAAUCAGAACACAUUUGCCCCCUAAAAAUCCCACAAAACAAAACAAAUGCUAUUCUCUAAUUUGUUCAAGAAAAUAUUUGUCAAUUAUAUAAUUAGAAAUGGCAACACACUGAUCAAGAGAAGGAAAUCAUAACAAAUAUGUUUUUCCAGAUUUAGAUAUAUGGCAGGUCUUGUUUUGAUCACCCCAGCCAAUGGUGUUGUAGUAGUAUUAUGCUGUUUGCUCCUAUAAAGAAUACAGUAUAGCUUUCAGCUUAAGUGCUGUAUUGCCAAGGCAACCCAAAGCCGCAUACAUUUUGGUUUAAAAGAAAAUUAGCUUUAGAGGAAGCAACCAAGCAGUAAGCAAAUCAAGAAAUUGGAAAGAAAAAUAAAACCAACAGGGAUGAGAGCCCAACACGUCUAGUGAUUUAAAAUCCAGAUACAGUGUUACCACCGAAACAAAUAUUGACAAGAUUUAUACAUGAAAAAGAAUAGAAAACAUGCCUUCACACAACAUCUGCUAUUUACUGCUAUUUGUCAAGUGCCCUGAAAUGAUCAAGAAACGCAAGGUAACAUAAGACAACAUUUUGUAAAAACAUCAACUUGGAAACAUUCUGCAUGGCUGAUGUGACAGAUUUUAGCCUUUGCAUGAACACAGUUCAUUCCACUUUUCUGUAUAUUGUUAAGUACAUUAU